AUGCCCACUGACGCCGAAUCCAAAACUUCGAGUGAGCCCCACAGAACCCGUCCGGGGUUGUUGGCCAAGUGUGGUAUUGUCAUCCCCACAUUCUUUGUACGUGACCGGCACGGAUCUCCAGGGGACCCGAACAGGCCAGUUAUGACUACAGCUGACUCGCCGAAGAAGAGAAAAAGGGCCCUCAGCCCGCUACCCACCAGGAAGAUACCAAUACAUUCAGAAGAACCGAAAGUGACCGAAAUGUCUGCUGAGAAAACCUCGACUAUGGAGGAACUAGAUCAGAAGAAAACUGAGGCGAGAGCAUUUUUCGACACCGAAGUAGGCAGCAAGACGGUAACUGCGAAGUAUGAUGAGAACAGACGCAGAUUCCUUGAGGCUGAGGACAAGGAUGCGUGGGAUCGAUCUGCAAGGCCUAACAAGAGCGAUUCCGAUUCGGAGGAUAAGAAGAAGGAUGACGAAGUGGAGCAAAGAGCCGCAGACAUCAUCCGAGCGAUUCGUGAAUAUGAGCGCAAUGUCACCUUCGGCAACCUGGCUUCAGAAGCACUUCCGCUAGACGAUGAUCGGGACAUGGGUGGCCAAUAUCUCACCAACAAGGAUCGGAUAGACCACCAAAGCAAGCUGUACCAAAUCGCCAAAAUCGUUCCGAAGGGUGCUCUUUUACAUCUUCACUUUAAUGCCGAAUUGCAUCCUGAAUUGCUGCUCGUGCGAGCCCGCGAGAUGGAAAACAUGUACAUCCGCAGUAUAAUACCAAUCACAGAGGAAGAGCAUCUUGGUCAGACGGAGAUGGUUUUCAAUGUCGUUGAUCCAGGGACCGUCAAUCGUGGCGUUAACAUUUUCUCGGCUUCGUAUCCUAAAUUGACGAAUCCGAGAGACGUCAAAAACCCUGCCUACUUGAAAACUGUCUGGAUGCCAUGGAAGAAAUUCCGGAAGGAAUUUGAAAAGAAGUUUCCAGGCUUAUACAAAGAAGAAGAGCCCGAGACGUUCCAAGCAGGACGUCCACCACGUCCACCACGUCAUUGUGGGGAACCCAAACGUGCCGUUCUGUAUCCCGCUGAGAACUGGCUAAGAUCGAAGAUGGUGCUCAGCCAGGACGAAGCCUAUCGGUCUACACAAACUGUAAACGGAGUAUGGGCCCGUUUCAAUCAAGCCACGAGAGCCUUUAAAGGGUUGUUGAACUAUGAGAGCGUUUACAAGGAGUACAUAGGCAACGCUAUCGACCGUAUGAUCGAGGAGAACGUUAUGUACGCUGAGCUCCGACCUAUGCUUUUGGACAAAUCUAUCCCAUCCGACGACGGCAAGGUUGAGAUUAACAAUUCUGCCCAGAUGCAGCUCAUUGUAGACGCACUAAAAGCUAAGAAAGCAAGCCUCGAAAAUGAAGGGCGACUGGACAAGUUUCCCUUUGGACUCAAGAUCAUAUAUUGUACACCUAGGUCGAUACCUGAUUUUAUGAUGAGAGAGGAGAUGAAGCAGUGCAUCGAGCUUAAGCUGCAGUAUCCAAAUCUAAUUUGCGGUUUCGAUCUCGUAGGCGCAGAAGACCGACCCAACCACAUUGGGUUUUAUAAGAAAGAGCUUGCUGCUUUUCAAGCAACUUGCAAAGAGAUGAAAGUGGAAAUACCAUUCAUGUUUCAUGCCGGUGAGACACUGCUCGACACUGGAGGCUCUGACGACCCUACAAACUCCAACCUGUACGACGCAGCGGCCUUGGGGUCGAAGCGCAUCGGGCACGGGUUUGCACUCUUGAAGCACCCGCAUCUUGUGAAAAGGUUCAAGAGGGACGAAUUCAUACCUGGGUCGGGUAUCUGUAUUGAGCUUUGUCCUAUCUCGAAUGAGUUGCUGCAUCUUUGCAGAAAGGUCAAGGAACACCCAUAUCCAGAACUACUGGCUGCGGGCAUACCCUGCACGGUCAACUCGGAUAACCCGUCGCUUUUCAGCAACUCAAUGUCCCAUGAGUUCUAUCAAAUCAUGGUUGGCGCACCUAGCAUGUCUCUCUACAGCUGGAAGCAACUCGCACUAUGGAGCCUUGAGUAUAGCUGCCUGUCAACAACUGAGCAAAAGGACGGAAAGGAGAUCUUGAGGAAGAGUUGGAGAGAGUUCUGUCAGACUGUCGUUCACGACUAUGGCCCUCUUAUGAUGGAUGAAGCUUCAGGUAAAAUCGAUGUCUACAAAGCAGAAGCAUCGUAUCCGGAACGGUCGAGGAUACAUGCAGAUAUCGAGAAAGCAGAGGCAGAUGAGAAACGAGGGCCAGAAUGGGUAAAAGCAGAGAAGGAAAGGGCAAAGGCGUGGAGGGCAUCUUUACCCAAAGGCAAUGUCCUGCUAACCCAUAGGGAUGACAAGGACCAUAUCUAG